ACUUGCGCUUUGUGAUUGGUCCGGCGGCUUCUGGGAUCUGUCAUGUGUCCCAGGUACCGCCUUACCAUUCACAAAAAGCACCGCUUCUUGCGCAUGCGCACUUGGCACCCGGCUGUCAUGCCCAGUGCCCACACUACAGAAGCCGGGAAGACAGCGCGCCGCUGGAUAGAGGAACAGCAAAGGACAAGGUAAGUGCUGCAGGGACUCCCUAUGCAGCGCCGCAUGGUAAGCCCGAGUGUAACUCGGCAUUACCGCUUUUGGCACUGACAU